UGCAUCAUCAGUCUUGGGAACUGACAACCGUGAAUAUAUAGUUCUUGUUGUUUCAGUGUUUCAUCAGUUCUAUUACCAGUGAAGUCCUACAAUUGCCUGUAUUCAUCGUAAAUUCAGGCCAAUGAAGAUGAAUAUCACUUCCGCAGCCGGCAUAAUCUCCCUCCUGGAGGAGCCCAUGCCAGAUCUCAAGGUUUUUGCCUUGAAGAAACUCGAUCUGAUUGUUGAUGAAUUCUGGCCGGAGAUUUCUGAAGCUAUCGAGAAGAUUGAAAUCCUCCACGAAGACAAGGCCUUCAAUCAGCACGAGCUGGCAGCCCUAGUGGCGAGUAAAGUGUACUACCACCUAGGCAGCUUCGAGGACUCCCUGACGUAUGCCCUGGGGGCUGGUGAGCUCUUCGACGUUAACGCGAGGAACGAGUACGUGGACACGACAAUAGCGAAAUGCAUCGACUACUACACCCAACAGCGGGUGAUGGAGGCCGAGGGGAGUACCCCUGCAGGCUACAAGGGAAUCGAUCCACGUCUCGAGGGCAUCGUCAACAGAAUGUUCCAGAGGUGUCUCGACGACAAUCAGUACCGUCAGGCCCUCGGCCUAGCCCUGGAGACUCGACGAAUGGACAUCUUCGAGGCUUCCAUAAUGCAGUCCGACGACGUCGCCGGAAUGCUCUCCUACGCUUUUCAGGUCGCCAUGAGCCUCAUUCAAAAUCGAGGAUUCAGAAACACAGUACUGAGGUGCCUCGUCAAUCUCUACCGCAACCUGGGGACCCCAGACUACGUCAACAUGUGUCAGUGCCUGAUUUUUCUCGACGAUCCCCUAGCUGUUGCUGAACUUCUGGAUCGACUCAGUAGAGGCUCCCAGGACUGCGUCCUCAUGGCGUAUCAGAUUGCCUUCGAUCUCUACGAAUCAGCAACUCAACAGUUCCUCGGGCGUGUUCUGCAGGCCCUGAGGGCUACUGCACCCAUUCCCAGUGCUCUGAUGGUUAAACCAAUUGUCAAACCCACUGUUAAAGCUACUGAGGCUAGUGCUGAGACCCCUGUGGCCACGGAAAAUUCAACGCCUGUGGAGGAGAAGGUGGAACGAAGUGUGGAGAGCUUGACGACUGAAGAACGCGAACAGCAAGAACGUGUAGACGCCCUAUCCAGUAUUCUCGGUGGAGAAGUAUCCAUCGACCUUCACCUGCAAUUCCUCAUCAGGAGUAAUCACACAGACAUGCUAAUCCUGAAGAACACGAAAGAUGCUAUUAGGGUCUCCAUAUGUCACACUGCCACUGUCAUUGCCAAUGCAUUCAUGCAUUCUGGCACAACUAGUGAUCAAUUCCUGCGGGAUAAUCUCGAAUGGUUGGCUCGAGCAACGAACUGGGCCAAAUUGACAGCCACUGCAUCGUUGGGUGUGAUCCAUCGGGGCCACGAGCAGGAAGCCCUCGCCCUGAUGCAGUCGUAUCUACCCCGUGACACUGGAGCUGGUGCUGGGUAUUCCGAGGGCGGUGGCUUGUAUGCUCUUGGGUUAAUUCACGCCAAUCAUGGGGCUACCAUCACAGAUUAUCUUCUUGGACAGCUGAAGGAUGCCCAGAAUGAGAUGGUUCGUCACGGCGGAUGUCUGGGUCUCGGUCUCGCCGCUAUGGGGUCCCACCGUCAAGACGUCUACGAACAACUCAAGUUUAAUCUCUACCAGGAUGAUGCUGUCACUGGAGAAGCUGCUGGAAUCGCCAUGGGCAUGGUCAUGCUGGGUUCUAAAUCUACUCAGGCCAUUGAGGACAUGGUUGCGUACGCCCAGGAGACUCAGCACGAGAAAAUUCUACGUGGUCUAGCGGUGGGUAUCGCGUUUACGAUGUACGGACGUCUCGAAGAAGCUGAUCCGCUCGUAACUUCAUUAUGUGCUGACAAAGAUCCGAUUCUGAGGAGGAGUGGAAUGUACACUCUGGCUAUGGCAUAUUGUGGCACUGGGAAUAAUCAAGCGAUUCGAAAACUUCUUCACGUUGCGGUGUCUGACGUUAAUGACGAUGUGCGUCGCGCAGCAGUGACAGGUCUCGGAUUCCUCCUAUUUAGAACACCGGAGCAGUGCCCAAGUGUUGUCUCUCUUCUGGCUGAGAGUUACAACCCACAUGUGAGAUAUGGCGCUGCAAUGGCACUUGGAAUAGCGUGUGCUGGUACAGGUCUGAAGGAAGCAAUUGCUUUGUUAGAUCCCAUGGCCAACGAUCCAGUGAAUUUUGUUAGACAAGGUGCCCUCAUUGCUUCUGCUAUGAUCCUCAUACAGCAGACUGAGGCAACUUGUCCGAGAAUCAAAGAGUUUCGGGCUCUCUAUGCCAAAGUGGUGAUCGAUAAACAUGAGGACGUCAUGGCGAAGUUCGGAGCCAUCCUCGCUCAGGGUAUCAUCGAUGCUGGUGGACGUAACGUCACUGUCUCCCUACAAUCUCGAACUGGUCAUACUAAUAUGUUGGCCGUUGUAGGAGCACUCGUAUUUACCCAGUACUGGUACUGGUUUCCACUAGCUCACUGUCUUGCUCUAGCAUUUACCCCAACCUGUUUGAUAGGCCUAAAUGCUCAACUCAAAAUGCCAAAACUUGAGAUUCGCUCUAAUGCACGUCCAAGCGUUUAUGCAUAUCCAGCACCUCUUGAGGAGAAGAAACGUGAGGAGCGUGAAAAGGUUACAACAGCUGUAUUGAGUAUCGCUGCUAGGGCAAGAAGACGUGAAUCGGAGAGACGUGUACGUCACUCACAUGAAUUAAUGGAAGUGGAUCCACCUACUGUAGAGACGAAAGAAAGUAGUGAAAUUAAAGAGCCAGCGGUAACUUCAUCCUCUGUCAAGGAGAAAGACGAUAGGAAAAAAGAGAAAGAUGAGAAGGAGAAGAAAGAGGAUAAGGAGAACAAAGAGGUUAAAGACAAGGAGAAGAAGAGUAAGGACGAGGAAAAGGAGAAGAGAGAGCCAGAGCCGAGCUUUGAAAUUCUCCAGAAUCCGGCCAGAAUUCUUCGUCAGCAACUCAAAGUUAUUCAGCUUGUUGAGGGUAGUCAGUACGCUCCAGUGAAGGAUAUUCAAAUUGGAGGAAUUGUCAUGUUGAAACAUAUCAAGCCCGAUUCGGAGGAAGAGCUUGUGGAACCAGUCGCUGCCUUUGGACCCAAGCCAGAUGAGGAAAAGGAAGCAGAACCACCAGAGCCAUUCGAAUAUACCGAGGAGUAACUCAUGGAGAGCUUUCGCAAUUAACCAAUUAUGUCAUUUUCCUUUCGUACGAACUUAUCGCAACAAGAGGUUUCCAAUCACUUCCUUUUUUCUAUGUACAAGUUGAAUAAACAGUGUAAUUGAGAGAA